AUGACCAUCAUUAUAAUCGUUCUAUUGCUACUUCGUUGUUCCUCUAGUGAAAAAAUUCAAUAUAACAGAGAAGUAGAGACCCUUCUCAAAUGGAAGAACAGCCUUGACAAUUCAACCUCUCAUCCUCUGCUCGAUUCAUGGAGGCUUUAUUCAAAAUUUUCAACAACAAACAACAUUAACAGCCCUUGCAAAUGGAUUGGCAUCUACUGUAACAAAGUAGGGAGUGUUACUGAGAUAAACCUUGCAAAUGGUAGUAUUAGAGGCUCAAUUCCUGCAUCAAUUGGGAAUAUCAAAAACUUAACCGGUCUAUACCUAUAUGGAAACCUGCUUUCUGGUUUCCUUCCUUCCUCUUUGGGAAACUUGACAAAGCUCGAGUUCUUGGAGCUGGGAAUAAAUCAGUUAUCUGGCCCUAUCCCUAUUGAAAUUGGGAAACUUAGAUCCCUCACAUGGUUAAGCUUUUUCAUGAACAACAUCAAUGGAUCAGUGCCAUUAGAAAUGGGCAAUCUUACCAAUUUGGAGUAUUACCAACUGGAUGAAAAUUCCUUGUCUGGAUAUCUCCCAGAAAAUGUCUGUCUUGGUAGGAAACUUCUAGAGUUUUAUGCAUAUGAUAAUAACUUUAUAGGUCCAGUCCCAAAAAGCUUGAGAAAUUGCACUAGUUUGAUCAGACUUGAGCUACAAGCAAACCAGCUUACAGGAAACAUAUCAGAAAUGUUUGGAAUAUACCCAAACUUGUAUUAUAUGGAUUUGAGUAGCAAUAAGUUUUUUGGCGAGGUUUCUGAAAAAUGGGGAAAAUGUAGUAACCUCUCUUUGUUGAAUAUCUCCAAAAAUGAAAUUUCUGGUAGUCUACCUCUUGAACUCUGGAAAGCUGCCCAAUUGCGUAUUCUAGACAUCUCCUUCAAUCAUCUUGUGGAAAACAUUCCAAAAGAACUGGGGCGGCUGAAAUUUUUGUUCAAACUCAAAUUGAACAACAAUAGUCUUUCAAGCAUAGUUCCAUCAGAGAUUGGCAUGUUAUCGGAACUCAGAUAUCUUGAUCUUUCAGCAAACAAUCUGAGUGGAUCAAUUCCUAAAGAUUUAGAAAAAUGUUCCAAGCUAGCUGAUUUAAACUUGAGAAAUAACAAAUUUGGUGGGGCUAUUCCAUUUCAGAUUGGGAAUUUACGGCCGCUUCAAAAUCUAGAUUUAAGUAGCAAUUUGCUAGGAGGAGAGUUGCCUUUCGAGCUCCAAAAUCUACAAAAUUUAGAAACAUUGGACAUUUCUCACAACAAUAUUUCUGGCUCCAUUCCAGCUACAUAUAAAGAAAUGUUGAGCUUGACUUAUGUUGAUAUGUCAUACAAUCAGUUGGAAGGUCCAAUUCCGAAAAUCAAAGCCUUUACGAUGGCUGCAUUGGGAAAUAAUAAAGGUUUGUGUGGAAACAACACUAGCCUAAAGACUUGCCGCAUGGAGGAAAAGAAAGGUAGCAAUGGAAUUGUAGUUUUAAUCGUAGUCUCUAUCUUGGGAGGUCUAAUUUUAUUGUUUAUCGUUGUUGGCCUACUUUUCGCCUGCCAAAAGAGAGAGAUGAUCAUGGAUGGGCAAGGAGAGACACCAAUUAAAACUUACUUUGUAUCAUGGAACCAUGAUGGGAAAAAGGUGCAUGAAGAAAUAGUUAAAGCCACUGAGAACUUUGAUUCCAAAUAUUGCAUUGGAGUUGGGGGAUAUGGGAGCGUCUACAAGGCACAAUUGUCAACUGGUCAAGUUGUUGCUGUGAAGAAAUUCCACACAAAUGAUGGAAUAUUGGAUGCUGGAGAAGCUUUUGCUAGCGAGAUCAAUGUAUUGACAAGAGCAAGGCAUCGAAAUAUUAUAAAGCUUGAAGGGUUUUGUUCACACACAAGGUACUCUUAUUUGGUGUAUGGAUUUAUGGAAAAGGGAAGCUUAUCAGAUAUCUUGAGCAUUGAAGUGAAGGCAUUAGAGUUGGGAUGGAGAAAGCGAGGGAACAUUGUGAAAGGUUUGGCCAAUGCCAUAUCCUAUAUGCAUCAUGAAUGUUGUCCAGCUAUCAUUCAUAGAGACAUAUCAAGUAGGAAUGUCUUGUUGGAUGAUGAAUAUGAAGCUCACAUUUCUGACUUUGGUUCUGCUAUAACUGUAGAUCCAGACUCAUCAAAUUGGACUCCAUUUGCAGGAACUUUUGGAUACUCAGCCCCAGAGCUUGCUUACACAAUGGAAGUAAAUGAGAAGUGCGACGUGUACAGUUUUGGAAUUGUAAUUUUGGAACUGAUUAUGGGAAAGCAUCCAGGAGAUCUAAUCUUGUCUCUGUCAGCGUCAUCAUCGUCUUCAUCACCACCAGCUGUUCUUGAAAUUCUACUUAAGGAUUUAUUGGAUCAACGACUCUCACCACCAAAGAAUCAAGUAGCAGAGAAAGUUGUCUCCAUUGUGAAGGUAGCAUUUGCAUGUCUGCAACCAGAUCCAGGUUCUCGGCCAACUAUGAAAGAUGUAUGUGAUAAGCUGUCAACUUCACUACCAUCUUUAUCAGAGCCUCUUCAUACAAUUACAUUGGAGCAGCUGUUUUAUCCCCCAACUUCAACAUCAUGA